GGGUGUCUGUUAUAUCGACGAGAGAGAGAGAGAGGUUUACAACAUUAUUGCAUCUCACAUUGCUCCAUCAAAUGAUUUCUCUUACACAAGAAUAGGAGGAAUGGCUCAUUUCCAUCCAAACUGUUCCAAUUUUCCUAAAGGAUUCGGUGGAGAACCUUCAUGGAGAUGCAGAGGUACAAAAAACUAUGAUAUUGAUCUAAUUGACAGCAGAAAAAAUUGGAAAAAUUCAAGUCAUAGUGUGAGCAUUCGGAGGAAGACAAGGACGUUGGAGAAUGGGAGAGGUUUUGGUGCGCAGUGCUGUAGUUCUUCAACCCAAUCAACUGACGGAGUAGAGUUGGCUGGGGAACUAGAGCUGAAUGGAAAAUAUGGAGACCGAAAGAGGCAGUUUGGGAAUUUGGUCAGUCAGCAUGGAUGGCAGGUGAGGAGGAUGGUUGAGAAGAAAGAUGAGAUGAGGAAGGUAGCUCACGUUCAAGCUGAAGCAUUUCAUGUUCCAGUGAUUCUCUUCAAUGAUUUGUUCUUCAUGUUCUUUCAGGCUGAAGUGCUUUCUGGACUUCUAUACAGACUCACGAACUCACCACCAGACAGGUAUGCGUGUCUGGUAGCGGAAACUGCACCUGAAGUUCCUGAGUCAGUGAAGGAGCUAGUGGGAGUCGUCGAUAUCACAGCCAUGAGGGACGAAGCCGUUCUUCAACAUCUCCCAGGAGUAGAUGAAUAUCUGUAUGUGUCCGGGAUAGCUGUAUUAAAUAAUUUCAGGAGGAAGAAAGUGGCCACUGCACUGCUAAAAGCCUGUGACAAGCUCUCUAUUCUUUGGGGUUUUGAAUAUCUUGUCCUACGGGCUUAUGAAGAUGAUUGGGGUGCUCGUAAACUGUAUUCUAAUGCCGGUUAUAGAGUUGUCUCAGGAGAUCCUCCAUGGAUGACUACUUGGAUUGGCCGAAAACGUCGUGUUCUAAUGAUCAAACAGUCUAACCUCUGUGAGUAAUCUAUAUUCAAAAAAAAAAAAAAGAGAUUUAAAACGUCAGGAUUAACAUUUUGUUGACCUAUGAAUUGGGUGAUCACACUUAGAUAUGUGACAUAUGAUUGAAUGUAAUGGUUGACGGUUAUUUUUCCAUACAAGAGGAGAAAGACCAUAGAGAGAGCCGCAUAGGUAAUUUAAAUAUGAACCAACAUAACCCUCUAAGAGUUGCGAUUGUGUCGAGAGUUGCAAUCUUCCCAAGGGGUAUGUUCGUUCACUUGAAUGGGUGUCUUCUAUGUCUAUAAAAUAGUAUGAGGGCCUAGAGAAUGAUAUCAAAUACUUUCUUACCCUAAUGACAGCAAAUUGAUUUUUUUCGAUAUUUGCAUCACUUUGAUUUUUUUCUCUUAGGAUUGCAUGUGAUCCCCAAUUUAACAACAGAUAAUUGCC